GACGGGCCGUUGACGAUCUAGCUACGCCAACGGACUUUGCUCCUCAGAGCUCUCUUCCAUGGUGUCGCCGCGCGAUGUGCCGAGGCGAACUUCGUACAUCUAGAACUGGCCGCAACGAUGGUGGCGAUCUCAGAUGGAAUGCUCUACGGCUGGACAGCUCCGGUGAACCCAAUCCUACUGAGCCCUGACAGUCCUGUCAAGACGACCCAGGAACAAGCAGACUGGCUUGAAACAGGUUUGAUGGUGGGGUCUUUUUGCGGCCUACCUAUAACUGUCUACCUCGUGGACAAGAUUGGAAGAAAAUGGAGCCUUCUCUACGCCUCUGUGUCACUCUUGGUUGUCUGGAUAGUCACUGCCACUGCUUCCAACAUCUACUACAUUCUAGCAGUCAGAAUCUGGGCAGGAAAUACUGGAAACAUGGCCUUUGUAGCAGCUCCAAUGUAUGUAGCGGAGAUAGCUGAUCAGAAAGUCAGAGGAUUCCUUUCUAGUCUCAUUUAUAUGAUGAUGCUGUUGGGAUUUAUUUUGAUCUACUCUAUAGCACCCUUCGUACCUAUUUGGGCCCACUGCUUGGUUGGAGCUGCUUUAGUUGUAAUUCAGCUUGUCACUUUCCCUUUUAUGCCUGAAUCACCUUAUUUUUUGCUGUAUAAAGACCGACCAGGCGAGGCUAAAGAGGCUCUGAAACGAUUUAGACCAGCAGGUGCCAACAUAGAAAAGGAAAUCGAAGAUAUAAAGUUAGCUGUCGAGAGGCAGAAGACAGAGAAAGGUAGACCACAAGAUCUGAUUAUGGUACCAAGUAAUCGCAAAGCGAUAGGCAUCAUGGCACUUCUGAACAGCGCUCAGCAUAUGAGUGGGAUCAGUGUUAUGUUAAUGAAUCUUCACCAGAUCUUACAAGAAGCAGAGUCCAUAUACAUGUCAGCUUCAACGAGUGGGAUAGUUUUUUCGAUGUUGAUGUUCAUUGCAGCUUCAAUUGCUUCCGCCACAAUUGACAAAUACGGCAGAAAAACUCUUCUCAUAACCUCCAGUACACUCACUGGUCUAUGCCUUCUGACAAUAGCUAUUUAUUUUAGUGUCAAAAACGCUGGGUACCAAGUAGACGGGAUCAGUUGGAUUCCUGUAGUAGCAGUUAUGAUAUAUGGCCUAUCUUUCAAGUCCGGACUUGGCAUGGUACCAAUAGUACUAACAGCUGAGCUAUUCCCGGCUAAAAUGAAAGCUAUGGGGAUGACAAUAGCUGAUGGAUUUUAUGUUCUGAGUGCUAUUGUGUCCCUUCAAGUAUUCCAACAGCUCUCGAAAAGAUAUGGAAUGCAGUAUCCAUUCUAUGUGUUCGCAUUUUCAUGCUUUGUAGCUAUAGUGUUCACGCACUUCUUCAUACCUGAGACUAAGGGAAAGACUUUAGAGGAAAUUCAGCAGAUAUUAAAAGGGAACCAUGCUCCUAAGAGGGUGGAAGAAGAAGAAACGGCGACGUGAGGAGUGUUAAUGAAGGUUUUGUUAAUAUUUCUAAAGAGGUUGUACAGAACUUCCUGAAGGA